GGAGUCUUCGGUGCAGACCUUUCCGGGAGCCCCGGCUCCAGCGCGCGGAGGAAAGCGGCUUGCAGAGCUGCCCACCCCUUCUGUUUCAUCACCCAGCCCCUCCUUCACUUUAGUGAAAGGUUCCAACUCACCACCAAAGUGGACACCUCGACACCCGCUUGAUGACGUGGUCAUCGCGCAGGCCGGUCCCCGCCCCCUCUCCACUGCAGAACCUGGACCCACCAGGUGCGCUCCAUACACGUGAACCCCCUGGCAGAGACGUCAACUGUUACCACCCGCGAGAGAGGGGUGCUUUUCCAUGUGUUGACAAGAACCAAAGAGGCCUUCGGGGACUCGAGAGCUUGAAUGUUUUGGGCACCAGUCCAAGAAGGAGAACCUCAUCCUCUUCUACUCUGAAAACACUUCAUCAGGAUUAAAGGGCCUGAUGGCUGCGAAGUCCCAGCCCAACACUGCCAGACCCGGGAGUUCCAACAGCACCGCCAACGGCAAGGCUGUGACUCAAGGACAGUGGGGCCGAGCCUGGGAGGUGGACUGGUUCUCUCUGGCGAGUGUCGUCUUCCUGCUGCUCUUCGCCCCCUUCAUCGUGUACUACUUCAUCAUGGCGUGUGACCAGUACAGCUGCUCGCUGACCGCCCCUGUGCUGGACAUUGUCUCUGGUCACGCUCGUCUUGCAGACAUCUGGGCCAAGACGCCACCCGUGACAGCCAAAGCUGCCCAGCUGUAUGCCUUGUGGGUCAGCUUCCAGGUGCUUCUGUACAUGGGGCUUCCUGACUUCUGCCACAAAUUUCUGCCAGGCUACGUGGGAGGGGUCCAAGAGGGGGCCGUGACCCCUGCAGGGGUUGUGAAUAAGUAUGAGGUCAACGGCCUGCAAGCCUGGCUUAUCACACAUCUCCUCUGGUUUGCCAAUGCUCACUUCCUGUCCUGGUUCUCUCCCACCAUCAUCUUCGACAACUGGAUCCCUCUGCUGUGGUGUGCCAACAUCCUCGGCUACAUCGUGUCCACGUUUGCAAUGGUCAAAGGCUACCUCUUCCCCACCAGUGCUCAAGACUGCAAGUUCACAGGUAAUUUCUUCUACAACUACAUGAUGGGCAUCGAGUUUAAUCCCCGAAUUGGGAAGUGGUUUGACUUCAAGCUGUUUUUCAAUGGACGCCCGGGAAUCGUGGCCUGGACCCUCAUCAACUUGUCCUUUGCCGCUAAGCAGCAGGAGCUGUAUGGGCACGUGACCAACUCCAUGGUUUUGGUCAACGUCCUGCAGGCUAUCUACGUUCUUGACUUCUUCUGGAAUGAAACCUGGUACCUGAAGACCAUUGACAUCUGCCACGACCACUUUGGGUGGUACCUGGGCUGGGGUGACUGCGUCUGGCUUCCCUACCUUUACACAUUGCAGGGUCUGUACUUGGUCUACCACCCUGUGCAGCUCUCGACCCCCCAUGCUGUGGGGGUCCUGCUUCUUGGCCUGGUGGGCUACUACAUCUUCCGGAUGACCAACCAUCAGAAAGACCUGUUCCGCAGGACGGAUGGGCGCUGCCUCAUCUGGGGCAGGAAGCCCAGGGUCAUUGAGUGCAUGUACACAUCGGCUGAUGGGCAGAAGCACCACAGCAAGCUGCUGGUGUCGGGCUUCUGGGGUGUGGCCCGUCACUUCAACUACACCGGUGACCUGAUGGGCAGCUUAGCCUACUGCCUGGCCUGCGGCGGGGGCCACCUCCUCCCAUAUUUCUACAUCACCUACAUGACCAUCCUGCUGAUCCACCGCUGCCUCCGCGACGAGCACCGCUGUGCCAACAAGUAUGGCCGUGACUGGCAGCGCUACACUGCUGCUGUGCCCUACCGCCUGCUGCCCGGAAUCUUCUGAGAGCCGUCCUGGGGAGACGGGAGGGAGGCUGCUGCGAGCACGGAGAACCGCGUCCGUGUCGUCUGGAUCGCGGCUCUCCCUCGUAGGGCACCUCAGUUUUCCUCAUCUGUAAAAUGGAGAGCCUGUCCCAAGGGCAAUGCUGCCUUUACACCAGCUGCCUUUCCCACCAGCAGAAAUGACUUUUUCUCUCUUCAGUAUUACGGAGGCAGAAGAUCCCUGGUGUUGGGAGCUCUGGCUCUGUCCUGCCCAAACUCGCCCCCUGAGUACCAGGCGCCUCCUAGUCCCUGUGGUCAGAAUGCCUGCUAAGUCAGAGCCAAAGGAGGAGUCAAAGGUUGUGCCAGCGGUCCAGCGUGUCACCCUUUCUCACCCCUGGACCAGUAUCGACGGGCCAGCAGGGGGCUGUAGGGACAUCCCAGGAGGAAAGCACUUGCCUUCAUGCUGGGACUUCCACGUGGUUUCUGUCUUCUUCCUACCCUAGAGGUACCAGAGGUGUGACCUGGGGCAUGCAGGGCCGCUGUGCACUGUGCAAGCCCUAGCUAGCCCUCGGUCAGGGCCUUUUGGACAUGAAAUGGGCUUCCCAGUGCUGGACUCCAUGACGUUCACUGGAGCUUAAUCACCUGCCUGCUUCUAGAAGGUGCUCCCACUUGCCCAAAGAACAUGCCCACCCAGGCUCAGACAACCCAGGACAUCACCAGCCAAGGGCCUCAGCCACACUUUCCCCGGUAAGAGUUCCAGCCCCCAGCGGGGGUUCUCUUUUUCUAAUGUUCUCUUGUCAGUGAUCUGUCCCUAAACCUCAGGUAUUCUGUAAAACUGUUCAGAUGCGAUCCUCCAAGCCUCACUACUCAUUCUUUAUAUUAAACUUUCUCUGUUAAAUGAAA